GUUCAUUGUUUACUCAUACCAAGCACAAAAAGCUUUUUAUGUGAAAAAGUUCAAAUGGCACCGUUUUCUUGGGAUUCCGUGACUUCAAUUUGGUGGAGUUUUUACCAGGGAAAGCAUAGAAUGUAACUGGGAAACCAGUUACGAGCUACCCCAGUUACGAGCUACCCCAGUUACUUAUGACAAAAGCUAUCUGACAUAGGUUCACAGCAAUGAAGGAUUGUUGAAGACGCAAAAGAUUGUUUUUUCGUUUAAACGUGGAUAGUUCUUGUCAAGUAUCUCAGUUUUGAACUUUAGUUAUAAGAGUUACUUCUCUCUUUAGAAUCUGUAGAGACAGCAGCCUGUUAGGAUCUAUUUGGUCCAAAGGGCUCUGUAUCUGUCUUCAUAUUUCCCAUUCUUGUUGUCUUUCACCAAAACUCUAAACCCUUUGCUCUUUGUCUGUUAAUGCCUACUUCUCUUUAAAGCCGACCCCUUCGACUGCAUGCUUCAUGCAAUUAUAACCUGUCAAUCUGUCAUUGCAUUUUUCUUUUCUUUUUUUUGUUCAUUCUUGGCCACACAUAGUUCAUCCAACAACACAAUGAGAGGAGAUGAUGUGCCUUGUUGCAAGACUGAGUUUUGGUUUUUUCUAUGCAUAUGUAUCGUCCUUGUGUCAUUUGCUGGUAUAGCAUCAGGCCUGGCUCUGGGACUCCUGUCCUUCAGCCAAGUUGAUCUUGAGGUCCUCAUUAAGGCUGGUCAGCCCCAAGAGCGGAAGAAUGCAGCAAAGAUAAUGUCAAUUGUUAAGAAUGAGCAUUUACUUUUGUGCACCCUGCUUGUGGGAAAAUCACUAGCGAUGGAGGCACUUCCAAUUUUCCUGGAUUCGAUACUCCCGUCUUGGGCUGCUAUUCUUAUGUCAGUUACCCUCGUACUUGCGUUCGCAGAGAUCAUCCCUCAAGCUGUCUGUUCCCGGUAUGGACUAAGUCUUGGUGCAAAACUGUCUACCUUUGUUCGGCUGCUUCUGUUCGUCUUCUUUCCCAUAUCAUAUCCAAUCAGUAAGCUGUUGGACUGGCUUCUUGGUAAAGGGCAUUCUGCACUUUAUAGACGAGCAGAGCUAAAGACAUUGGUUCAUUUGCAUGCGGAUAAGGCAGGGAAAGGUGGAGAGUUAUCACAUCAUGAAACUGCCAUUAUUACUGGUGCUUUAGACUUAACACAGAAGACGGCUAAAGAUGCUAUGACACCCAUCUCUGAAACCUAUUCUCUGGACAUAAAUUCAAAACUUGACAUGCAUACAAUGGGUUUAAUAAUGAGCAAAGGUCACAGUCGUAUACCUAUCUACUCCGGAAGCCCAAAAAAUAUUAUUGGCCUUAUUCUGGUUAAGAAUUUGAUCUUCUGCCGCCCUGAAGAUGCAACUCCAAUUAAAUUUAUGACUAUCAGAAGAAUACCUCGGGUAUAUGAAAAUUGGCCACUAUAUGAUAUACUGAAUGAGUUCCAGAAGGGUCAUAGCCACAUGGCUAUUGUCAUCAAGUGUAAGAAGGAUAUCAAAGACACUGACCAUACUGCAUUAGGCAAGCAUACCACGCUGGAUAUAAUUAUCAAUCCAAAUUCAAAUCAAAUGCGAGCAGAGAAGAAAGGAUUAUAUUCUCCACUUGACCAGAAAGAGCAUCUGAGUAUCUCCGCAAAUUCUUCCCCUUUGUAUUCAAGUGAUAUAGAUGAUCAUAGUUCAACACCAAAGAAUGUAAUGGAGCAAGAGAAAUAUUUGAAUUCACAGCAUAAAAGACGGGAGCAAGGAAGUGAAAAAAAUUUAUAUGAAAAUUUAGAACAAAUAUCAAGCAAUUCGGAUGAGGAGGUCAUUGGAAUCAUAACAAUGGAAGAUGUUAUGGAGGAACUGUUACAGGAAGAUAUACUGGAUGAAACCGAUGAAUAUGUUGAUGUACACAACAAAAUUAGAAUCAACCUGCGAUCUUCAAGAAGAUCAUCAUCUAGAUCUCCCAGAAGAUCUUCUGCUUCCUAUCCUUAUUGGAGAACUCCUGAGCCAUCUCCACUCUCUUCCUACACUCAUAUACUGCAUUCACCAAUUGCCCCAUAUGUACAGACCCCACUAGUAAGACCAACAAUAUAUGCUUCCCCUGGAAGAUCUAUACCGAAUUCUCCUACUGGAUCUGCAGGCCGUGUUCACAGCUCGCCAUCCUCCCAUCGAGUAUCAAGAAAGUUGUAUAAGAAGCUAUUACAUGAUGGUGGUUUUCAUAAAGCUCCAAUAUAGACAAGUUGGAGUUAACUGGCUAGCAUCACUUGGAGAAGUUUGCAGCAUCAAAACUGCAUUGACUCUCUCUCUCUCUCUCUCUCUCUCUCUCUCUCUCUCUCUCUCUCUCUCUCUCUCCUUCCUAUUGGUUUUUUUGUGUAUAGUAAAAUUUGUAUGUUCCUUCGUGUGUUUGGUGGAGUGUUUUUUGUUUUUUAUUUUAAAAAGUGUUUGUGAUGUUACAUAAAGGUGUAAAUUAUUUUUAUGUUUUGAGGAAUGUUUUGUAUAUAGUUCAUAGUGUACCUACAUAAUUGCAAUUUCAAGAAAGAUAUUGGGACUUUCUUUAA